AUGAUGAAUACCGAUUCAAGCCGUCAAGGAAAGCGGCAUAUCCCGGACGGCCAAUCAAUGCCGAGCAUCGAUGAUAGCUUUCUUGAACAAAAUGCCGUACCAAGUAUGGAGGAAGAAUAUUGUGACAAUAGAGACGGCGCAAUUUUACCAACUAGUAUGAUGAGUCCAGGAGGUAGGAGACGGUUACUAAUGACUGGUCGGGUGUACUCAGAUUCGGACGUUCUGUCGGAAUCGGAAGCGUCGAUUGGGGACAAUACAUGUGAAGACACAGUACCAAGCGUUGACAUCACAGUCGACAAGGAGAGUCCAGAGAAACAACCACCAGAUGACGGAAAAUCUACGAAAGCAGGAAAUCCAUCCUCUGGAAAAUCACCAGACCCUCCUUCCCUUGCGGAUGAGUUUCGAGAUGAAGAGCACGGAAAAAGUGCUCACAAAGAAAGUACAGCUAGGACUAAAAAUGGGGGACCCAGAAGAAUAACAGUGAAACGUUCAAGGGACGGAACAAGUAGAUCCGACCCAAGCGACGUAGGGGUGGAUGAUCCACUCGUUCGCGAAAAGAGCAAUAUUGACUCAGACACGAUCUUGAGCAAGAGCCACAAGAAAACUUUUAUCAUCUGGAUGCUGAUUGUACUAGUUGUCCUAGCAUACGGUGGGGGGGUUUUCACUGGUGUUGCAAUUUCAAAUGGAAGUGACCGCUCAGUAACCCUGAUUACGCCAGCUCCAACGUCGCCACCGACGCUUCAGCCAACUUUGUUUGCACGGGACGAUGGUGCAAAUUGA